AUGCCCGGAGCCCGUCACAUGGAUGCCCCACGCACGCGGGCGCCAGCGCCCUGGGGGAAGUGGGCCCUCGUGUGCCUGGCCGCGGCGGUGGCGCGGAGCUGCCAGACCCCGAGCUUCCUGCAGCCCACGGGCAGCGGCCCUGUCGUGGAUUCCGCUGUCGUCCGACGGGUCGUGCAGGCGCCCACCGAGGACUCCGUGAAAAGCCACAGGUGGAGGCAGCCGCGACCUCCUCUUGUGCCGAUGCUUUUCGAGACAUUUAAUGUGUCGGACGAGACCGACGUCAAAGCCGUCGCGGGGUACAUGUCCGCAGUACUAGCUGAGGACGACCAUCGCAUCGUAGACAUGAAGAUGAUGUCAGCCAAAGCACGGAGCAAGGCCUUGUACAUCCUGGCGUACAUCAAUGCCAAGGAGGCCCGCGCCACCGCCCAGAUCUUGCCCCGGCAGCGUGAUGGCCGUUGCCGCUUGCGCGUCAUCCGGGACUUCCCUGUGACCGAAGACGUGGCCCCCGCUGUCCUGAGGGUCGGCUCCAAUACGAACAGCACAGCCCUGGCGAACCUCAUCGCCUACCGGCUGCGUGCCGUGGACAAGCUGGAGGGCGGGAGCAGGGCCAACACAGUGAAGCCGCCCACUUUGCCGACAGCAGCGCUGUUCUGGGGUCAGUUUGAGCUGUUCAUAGAGGUCUUACGCCCACAAACCCACUUGACUGGCUCCGGGAUUUGGGGUUAA